CUCUUUAGCUACCAUGGCUGCCCCUUCUGCUGUUGUACCCUUCUCAGUGGUAUCACAGCCACAAUCCAUGGCUAUGAGUGAACCACAAUGCUACUACAAUGAAUCCAUUGCCUUCUUUUACAAUCGGAGUGGGAAGUACCUCGCCACAGAAUGGAAUACUGUCAGCAAGCUUGUGAUGGGACUUGGAAUCACUGUCUGUAUCUUCAUCAUGUUGGCCAAUCUGCUAGUCAUGGUGGCAAUUUACGUCAACCGCCGCUUCCAUUUUCCUAUUUAUUACUUAAUGGCUAACUUGGCUGCUGCAGACUUCUUUGCUGGAUUGGCGUAUUUUUAUCUUAUGUUCAACACAGGGCCCAAUACUCGAAGACUGACUGUAAGCACCUGGCUUCUUCGCCAGGGACUCAUUGAUACUAGUCUGACAGCCUCUGUGGCAAACUUGCUGGCUAUAGCCAUUGAGAGACACAUUACAGUCUUUCGCAUGCAGUUGCAUACCCAGAUGAGCAAUCAAUGGGUGGUGGUUGUUAUUGUGGUCAUCUGGACCAUGGCCAUUGUGAUGGGUGCUAUACCCAGUGUGGGAUGGAACUGUAUCUGUGACAUCACUAACUGUUCCAACAUGGCACCCCUCUACAGUGACUCUUACUUAGUAUUCUGGGCUAUUUUCAAUCUGGUUACCUUUGUAGUAAUGGUGGUUCUGUAUGCCCAUAUCUUUGGAUAUGUCCGACAAAGGACUAUGAGAAUGUCUAGGCAUAGUUCUGGACCAAGGAGGAAUCGGGACACUAUGAUGAGUCUCCUGAAGACGGUGGUCAUUGUACUUGGUGCUUUUAUAAUUUGCUGGACUCCUGGAUUGGUCUUAUUACUUCUAGAUGUCUGCUGUCCUCAGUGUGAUGUCUUGGCCUAUGAAAAAUUUUUCCUUCUUCUUGCUGAGUUCAAUUCUGCCAUGAAUCCUAUUAUCUACUCUUACCGUGACAAAGAAAUGAGUGCCACCUUCAGACAGAUACUCUGCUGCCAGCGGAAUGAGAAUGCCAAUGGCCCCACUGAUGGCUCAGAUUGCUCAGCAUCUUCACUCAACCACACCAUCUUGGCAGGAGUUCAUAGUAAUGACCAUUCUGUUGUGUAGAAAUCAAAUGGGAGAUGAAGA